AUGGCUAGCGGGCAUGGGUUCAAAACGGCCAUGCGAGCCUCGAUCGACUGGCAAUACCGCCCACAUGCUACGCAAGUCGCGCUGUUCAUUAAUGGAAUACCUCUCCAACGGCUAAUGGAGAGCGUCGAAGGACGCCCAAGGAGAAUGUUCAUUGCCGCCCCCAUAUUCGUACCGACCUUCGGGGAGGCGAUGGCUUACAGACUACAGCUCUCGAUCGCAAACAUUCCCUGGGUCGCUCGCAUGCCAGAGGAUGUCGAGUUCAUAGCUGACUUCAGUGAAGAUGGACUUGAGGCGCGAUUUGUCGGACUUGCUCCAUUCCGACAGCAAUCUGAGACGUCUGCCGCCCAGAUAUCGCUGUUGGAGGGCCAGAUUCGUGCCUACUUCAACUCACCGGCAGUCGCUGGUUUUGAGGUCAGUGGCAAAAGAGCAUUGAUGGCCUCCCGGGACCAAGCUAUGGCCAAUCUGUCUAUGCCGACUGUCGGCAUGUACGGACAACCCGUCGACGACGACGACGACGACGACGAUCUCUCAGAGGGCGCUGACGAUGAUUUUGAGCCAGGAGAGGAGGAGGCCAUGGUGCUCUAUCCGUCCUUCAGCUUCAUAUCGGAGCGGCGUGCCGGAUCUCGACCCUGGUUUCUCUAUCUAAACAUCGGCCCCAGUGUCAAAGCUUUCUCAGAAGCCGGUGUGAACACAGGAUUUCUGCAAGCUGACGACCUCACGCUGGAAUUAGACAUCAUCGUGCUCGACGCUCCCAUCGAGAAUUUUGACCCCGGGCGGGAUCAGGCGCAGUAUUUGCGGAUCCGCUUCAUCCGCAGACAAUUGUUUGCCAACGGUCGUAUCCCGUUGAGAACAGCCCUUGAGUCCAUGUUUCGCAACGGACUGAGACGGAGCGGGAGACUGAGACGGAGUGGGAGACGGACUUGGACUGACGACAUACUCCACCGAUCCCUUAUGCUACGGUAG